AUGGUAUAUGCAUACUUAUUAAUGGGUGCUUUCCUGGUAGGCACCGCCGUGUGGGGAGUUAAAUACUUUUCUGAAACCGGCGGUUCUGCUGGAGAAAACGAAGCUUCCGAAGGAGUUAAACCAGAUGAUGACUCGAAACCAUCAGCAACAGGUGAUAAUAUGGCACCAUCGCAACCAGGCGAUAACAUGGAACCAUCACCACCAGGUGAUAGUACGAAACCAUCACAUCCAGGCGAAAACAUGAAACCACCAACCCCAGGUGAUAACAUGAAACCAUCACAACCAGGCAAUGAUAUGAAACCAUCGUCUCCCCUUGAAACAAAUAAGAAACCGCCUAUCACAAAACCAACUACUACUAAGAAAAAAAGUAAACAUUUAACAGGCUACUUUAGUAAUGGAUGGUGGUCAUCACAUUUGUAUUCUGGAUGGGCACCGAACUCAUAUCCCGGAGCCUCUUGGGGUACUGGUAUUAAACCUCCAAAACAAACUGGUGGCAAUCUAUUUGAAAUAGACGAGGAAUUGCCGUCGUCUGAUGAUAAGGAAUCAUCCUUUAGUUUUUUAAGUAAUUUGACACAAAUAUAUUUUCCCAAAGAAACAGAACAUGUAGGGGGCUCCAAGGCUGGGGACUCUAACUUAUAUGAUGGAACAACAACUACAACUACAGAACCGGUGUACGAAGAAAAUGUUUCAGAAUAUGAGGCUGUCGUUGUCACUGUCCACAAAGAUCACCUUAAGCCUCCACCAGGUGGCUGGGGAGUGGAUUAUAAUCCAUAUUUUUAUUUUAAUGGCUAA